AUGGUGCUCCUCGUUCUGUACUGCAAAGCCGAGUUCGAAAACGUCGCGAGCGUCGAGUUCCCCGCCGGUUAUCACUACUGCUUCGACGUCAAAGACUCCCAGAGCGAUGAAACGCGCGAGGGCGUCUUCAUGAGCGCCGACGACGUCGUCGAGAUGGAAAAUUCACGAGGCGAAGCCAACUUUGUGAUGAAGUUUCCCGACUCUAAAAAGCAAGCCAGCGUGUCCUUCGUCGACGUCAAGGGCUUGACGACGAAAGGGGUCAUCGACGCGUCGGGGACGUGGGUGCCGGUGAUGGGAUUCGAGUGCCGAGGGCUGGAGUUGGAAAAGUUUUACCCGACGAAGGGCGCGACGGUGAAGAGCGAGGGCGGUUCGACGUGGCGAGACGUGGAUUUGAGCGAAGAUCCCGACGGAUGGUUCGAAUACUGCGAGAACGGCGGCGAUAGCGUUGGGAUCACGGAGUUUACGUGUGAGAUUAGGAAGCACAAGGCGUGA